AUGCUCACAGAAUUUUCCGGAGCUGUCAAUCUUAACCCUCUUCAAAUAUCUUAUGAAAAGGUGAAACCAGUCCAAAAAACAGAAUCACUUGGUAGUAUCUCCAGUCAAUGGACAGCAUUUGGAGUGGAACAGCAAAUGAUAUACAGUGCAACAUAUUCGGGAACAACAAUAACUUUUGACAUCAGGAUCUUUCCAAAUGAUGAUACAGUAACCGCCGCUGCUAUAGCAAAUCCUACGACCGGGGUAAUCGACACAGGAACAUCUACAAAUGCUUGCAAAUACAUUGCCUCUUCAAGCCCGGUGCCGCUGAUGUCGGGAACUCAUUUAGAAGAUAACUAUGUAGAGUUUGGGGUGGUCAUUGAUUUCACAGUAUUAUCGUCGGUAAAGUUUGAAAGCGUUGGUAAUGAAAACCUUGGAUGUACUUUCUCGACUGUUGACUUAGGAACUAGACAGUUUAGUUUUUACGUCCGUGGUCUGGCAUCACUUACUGCUACAACACCGACUGAUAGAGAGUACCUUGUAAAAGCAACUGGGUCCUCGUCUACCGGGGUGUCAGAACCAGGAGAUACAAAUUUUCAAGGUCCAUCAACAUCGCUUCAAACUGCUGCUACAACAACAACAUACACCUUUGCUAUGACGGCUGUAGACAGUCCAGCACAAUCAGACAAAACGACUCUUGAUCUCGGUGAAACAGCCCAACUUAAAUUCACCAUGACUGUAAAUCCAUAUGAAUCCAAAAUGGAUUUCGCUGGUGCACGUAUUACCAACUGCGUUGUUGACAAAGUCCCAGGGUUCAAUUCACCAGCAAUAACAUUUAUUGGUGCCAGUGGGUGUUUCAUCAAUGUAGAUAUAUUUGACAACGUGCACAUAAAUGUAGGUUUUGUCAAAGAUGGAGCAUCAACAGUGGUUGGUACUACAAAGACUUAUAUUGCAUACUCACCUAAAUUCGAGAUGUCUGCAUUUACCAAGAAUCCUAUCAAUGUUGCUAAUGCCUUGUAUUUUAAAUGUGACAUCACACUUUGUUUAGAUGAUGACGCAGUAACCGCUGGGCAGUGUGGAGCCGCACAUUGUGAUCCCACCAGAAGAAAGAGAGAUGUAAAUGAAAGAUCCGACAUGUCCGUGACUGCUUCAGUCAACAUUACUUCUCACGGUGCUGAGACAGGAUGUAACAAAUGUUCAGAAACAACAACCUUCAAGUUAUCCCUCAGUGUUCUUGGUACAACAACAGCUAUAGUUUUUGGUCUUAUGGUACUGUCUUUUACCAGUACCAGACACGCAGCAAUAUCGUUGUCACAGAAACAUCGAAAAUCGAAGACCGGAAGCUCCUACUGUAAAGAUUCAAGUGUGUCUCUGUCUCCUUCUUCGAUAACAGGAAGUGAUGUCAAAAGUAAUGGAAACAGCCUGCCAAGAAAACCACGUACUUCGUAAUUGCAUAUAUUAACAUAACUGCAAAUCAACGUUUAAAUGAGAAAUAGCCAUACAGACUUUAUGGAACUAAAAUAAUAUGCCUUUAAAAUGGUCUUUAGAUAGUCCUUACAUGCAAAUCCGACUUUAAUAUUUCCGGGUUUACAAUUAAACCAUACUUAGUGCGCUGUAUUUUGCACGCUCAGUCGCAUAAUCCAAUUUAAACUUCUUUUAUUUGAUAGUACAUGUAGUUAAAAGCAUAUUUCUUUUUCAUUUAUUGGAUAAUAAAAGGAUAUAUAUUGUAAAUGGAUAGUUUUCAAUUUAAAUUUUAAUCUAUGAUAUGUGUAGUUGCAAAUAAUAUAAAAAUCAUUUUCAAAUAG